AUGGAGGUCGAAAACGAUGACAUUGAGGAGAUUAUAAGGAAGUCAGAACUUCCUCUGGGGUCGACUUUCUUAAACAGCACAGAGUGCAUCAAUUCUGGGCAGGCCAAGAAUACAAAUCUUACCCCGAAGAUCCUCUCAGAGCCAAAUUUUAGCAUGGUCAGUCCCGAAAUGCUGGUGUUGCAGUUCGACAGAUUCACAUGUGGGAUCCUGUCUGUGAAGGACGGUGCCCACGAAAACCCAUGGCGGACACUGAUUUGGCCUCUAGCCAAGGAGACCCCAGCGCUAUAUCAUGCCGUAUUUUCUCUAGCGGCAUUUCACUCCAGCAAGGAGAUUCCCAGCCUCAGGGUUCAUGGGAUGGAUCACAUGCGGCAGAGCAUCACCUACAUGGUGCACGACAUACAAAAUAUGAGAGCAGAUGCAGCCUUGGCCACGAGUCUCGCGCUGGCAUUUGCGGAGACGUGGGAUCAGCAUACGCGCACAUGUAUCCAGCACUUGCGGGGAGCUAAGGCGUUGGUGUCACAGGUUGUAGGAUUUGGUCUUCAAAGCGGGAUGUGCGGCAGUGACCUGGAUAGAAUUCGGUUUCUGUAUAACACCUGGCUAUACAUGGAUGUGAUUUCUCGCCUGACAUCCCGGGAAGAAUCCGGGGAUCAGGAGGUAGAUACUUCUGUUUUCCAGUUGCCCAAGGAUGCAGUGCACGAGAUCGACCCUUUAAUGGGUUGCGCGACAACCCUUUUCCCGUUGAUCCACCAAGUCGCGCGCCUGAUCCAGCGAGUUCGCAGAACCGAGUCCAACUCCCUCUCUAUUGUCUCGCAGGCCAUAGAAUUGAAAACCCUGGUUGAGCAAUGGGAGCCCCCCCGCUGCUUCGAACCCCCAGAUGACCCCACAUCGGAGGUACAGCAUAGUAUCCAAACCGCACACGCUUACCGCUGGGCGACAUUGUUGUACCUUCACCAAGCGGUUCCUGAAAUGCCCUCCGAGCCAGCAUCGGAGCUGUCCAAGCGUGUCUUGAUGCUGCUGGCCACAGUUCCCCCCAGCUCCCGUACCACCAUCAUCCAAAUGUUUCCUCUUUUGGCGGCUGGGUGUGAAGCAGAGCAAGAGGAGGAUCGCCAGUGGGUGCUCAAUCGAUGGCUAGCAAUUCAAUCACGUCUCAUGCUUGGGUCUAUUGAUCGUUGCAUCGAGAUUGUCCGAGAGGUUUGGGCUCGCCGCGAUGCCGCGGGGCUUGAGCAGUCCGACCAAUUACCCACGGAAAGGCUUGAGAUUGAUAAGACAACAAAUGUAGGCCGUGGGCCAGCUGAGCGUGGCUUCACCAGCAGCUUUGCUAAGCCUUGGAGAAGAUCGAGUAUGGCCGAUCGGGUACCUCCUAAGGGCUCUUCGGGGAAGCCACGACGGACCUCGGCAAUCUCUCCGCUGGAAAAUAUCGAAUUCGAGAGGACUGUUCGUGGAAAUUUGCAUUGGGUCAAUGUGAUGCAGGAAUGGGGUUGGGAAGGUAAGAUAUCUUCUUUGCAUUUCUUCUGGUUUCCUGUUUUUGGGGUAAAACUUCACUCGAAAAGCAAUAUUCAUUAUCAGCAGAUUGAACACGGUGGAUCCUCCACGGUUGAUCUCCGCGGACCAGCACGACUGUUGUCUCUCCCUCCUUUCGAGCUUGCCUGCUCGCGUUGCACCGUCCGGUGCUCCGGAGGUCGAGGAGUCUCGGUCGCACUGUCUUCGGAAUCCGCUUCGGCUUGGUGGGGAGGCCUGCUCUGGGUCAAGUACGACCGGAGGGAGGCUAGAUAUGGCUCUAGUUCGCUCGUCACGGCCACUGUCGCCAUUGUUGCGCGGGGCUGUGAAGCGGCCUCUUUGGGAUCUGCGGAAUGUGCCGCGAGCACCACGCAGUGGGUUUGUGACUUCUUGAGGGUAUAG